UUCUAUCAAUCAUCAAUCUUACAAACACCCCUCCAAAAACUAGUGAAAUGCUGAUUAAUAGUUUGGAGAAUUCUUGAUUUCAAGGAUAAACGGUCGAUUAAUCAUUUACUGAAGUCUCCCAGGUCUCAGCAAGUACACAUCAUCUAAGAAAGUGCCUACUUCUACGCUUGAAGAAGUCCUUUCGCUCCCACAAGCUGGUUCCUUUUCUUCACUCCAUGGCACCUAUCUACUGCACCCUAUGUGCCUACCUAUCUAUGCAGUUAUAUCCAUACUUAAGUAUGUAGAAGGAUGCAGCACCUGCCUCUGUCAUGAUGUUGGAAGGCAUAUACACUCAGUCCUGGAAGCGGGCGGCUUCCCCAUCUGUCACAUAAACAACUGCCAUAUAUCCGGUGUCGACUCUUGGUGAUGGUUUUCUGCCGUUCCAACUCACAAUCUCACAAUCCCCAGACAUCCAAUUCCUGCAACAGACCUAUCUACCCACAGUCCUUGUUGACUCCCCUCAUAAUUACUCGCUAUUAAAAGCCCCUAAUUUUAAACUGCAACCUGCCAUGCAGCAGCGCACCCCGCGCGCGCCGCUCGGAUGGCAUCAAGAUCUCAUGGACUGUGACGUGGAUUGGCCAGUAGACUUGCGAACGCCAGCCCCGAUAGAAACGUUUGAUCUCCAUAGCACGAGGAAUGACGUCCUGGUGAAAAUCAGCAGUCACUUGGACAUUCCUUCCAUCGUUGCUCUAGGUGCUACGAGCAAGCGAAUGAGAGCAGACUUGCAAACGAUAGAGUCUCGUGUUGCCUUGGAGAAGGUUAAGACCAUUACACAAGACAACGACCAAUUGGGCGUCGCCUUGACCUUGACGGCUGCCGCUGUGAAAGGCGCGAAUGAUAGAACUCCCCAAGCUAUCCAAAUAGUCUUUCAGACCCUUUUAUCCUGGGGCUUAGCCCUCAGAAACAAGUGCCGACUAGAGUAUGUCCGCGGCAUCGAGGAGACUCACAAUGCUGUUGUUGAAUUUGUAGCACUAUACUGGAAGACGUCAUAUUUCCCAAUAAAUUCGCCAUCAGAUAUGACACCUACAGAAGCACUACGACAAAGGCGAUACUGCUAUAUACUCGAGAUAUUAUAUUGUUGUCUCCGAGAUCCUAUCGAAUCCCCUCAGUAUCGGUUCGGUGUAUACUCGGCCGCCGGCAAAUUGUUUGAUGACACCCAUGUCGAACACCCCUCUCGAGCACUUGUUAAACUAGUGGGCGACUUUUAG